AGAGGGCUUCCUCUCCAUGUUCCUUUUCUGGAACUCCCUGGCACCGAGGCCGGUGUGACGGGACUGCCUCUGAAAAGUCCCGGUCCAUAGCCUGUUCUGGGCACCGCUCCUGGACCAGACAGAGCCGGUCAUGGCCGAGGAGGUAUGGGUGGGCACCUGGAGACCCCAUCGCCCCCGGGGGCCCAUCAUGGCCCUCUACAGCAGCCCUGGACCCAAGUACCUGAUUCCACCCACCACGGGCUUUGUCAAGCACACGCCCACCAAGCUGCGUGCACCAGCCUACAGCUUCCGAGGGGCCCCCAUGCUCCUGGCAGAGAACUGCUCCCCAGGGCCCCGCUACAGCGUGAACCCCAAGAUACUGAGGACUGGCAAGGACCUCAGCCCCGCCUACUCCAUCCUGGGGCGCUACGGCACUAAGGCCACACUGACCCCCGGCCCUGGCGACUACUUCCCAGAGAGAUCUACCAAGCACGUGUUCGAUGCAGCACCCAGCCACUCCAUUUCCGCCCGAACCAAGACCUUCCGAGUGGACAGCACCCCAGGCCCCGCUGCCUACAUGCUGCCCAUGGUGAUGGGGCCCCACACUGUCGGCAAGGUCUCCCAGCCCUCCUUCUCCAUCAAGGGCCGCAGCAAGCUGGGCAGCUUCAGCGAUGACCUGCACAAGACCCCAGGUCCUGCAGCCUACCGUCAGACCGAUGUCCAAGUGACUAAAUUCAAGGCUCCACAGUACACCAUGGCUGCGCGGGUGGAGCCCCCAGGCGACAAGACCCUCAAGCCAGGACCAGGAGCCCACAGCCCUGAAAAGGUGACCGUGACCAAGCCCUGCGCCCCCAUCGUCACCUUUGGCAUCAAGCAUUCUGACUACAUGACACCCCUGGUCGUGGAUGUGGAAUAGUCCCGGCCCCGCUCCACCAGUCACCCUGAGCCUCUGCAUGUCAUGUUCCCCCAACAGCAGAUUCCCGGGGCUGAGGGCUCUGGGUGCCUCCUCCACCAGCCGGGCUGCAGCUGGCCUGGCCCUGCAGGGCAGAGCACACUUGUUUGGACAGUUGUGACCAGUUAUUUUUUCUAUGCUACCUUCCCUUUUGCUAAACUUGUUUCCUGCUGAGCCUGGAUAUGCAAUAAAAUCUGAUUCCAUUA